AAAAAAACUAAACCUAGCCGCCUCUUAUUCUCUGUAGUUCAUUCUUUUCGAUUAUAAUGUCUGGUAAAGGAGAAGGCCCAGCGAUCGGUAUCGAUCUCGGUACGACGUACUCUUGCGUCGGAGUAUGGCAACACGACCGUGUUGAGAUCAUCGCUAAUGAUCAAGGUAACAGGACCACGCCGUCUUACGUCGCUUUCACCGACUCCGAGAGGCUUAUCGGUGAUGCUGCUAAGAAUCAGGUCGCCAUGAACCCUAUCAACACCGUCUUCGAUGCGAAGAGGUUGAUCGGUCGUCGUUUCAGCGACAGCUCUGUACAGAGCGACAUGAAGUUGUGGCCAUUCAAGAUCAUCUCUGGAGCUGCCGAGAAGCCAAUGAUUGUCGUCAACUACAAGGGGGAAGAGAAGCAGUUCGCUGCUGAAGAGAUUUCCUCCAUGGUUCUCAUUAAGAUGCGUGAGAUUGCUGAGGCUUACCUUGGUGUCACCAUCAAGAACGCUGUUGUCACUGUCCCUGCCUACUUCAACGACUCUCAGCGUCAGGCUACAAAGGACGCUGGUGUUAUUGCUGGUUUGAAUGUUAUGCGUAUCAUCAACGAGCCAACCGCAGCUGCUAUUGCUUACGGUCUUGACAAGAAGGCAACCAGUGUUGGAGAGAAGAAUGUGUUGAUCUUUGAUCUUGGUGGUGGUACUUUCGAUGUCUCUCUUUUGACUAUUGAGGAAGGGAUCUUUGAGGUUAAGGCCACUGCUGGAGAUACUCAUCUCGGUGGUGAGGAUUUCGAUAACAGAAUGGUGAACCACUUUGUUCAAGAGUUUAAGAGGAAGAGCAAGAAGGAUAUUACUGGAAACCCGAGAGCUCUUAGGAGGUUGAGGACGGCUUGUGAGAGAGCGAAGAGGACCCUUUCUUCCACUGCUCAAACCACCAUCGAGAUUGACUCUCUCUUUGAGGGGAUUGAUUUCUAUUCUGCACUCACCCGUGCUAGGUUCGAGGAGCUUAACAUGGAUCUUUUCAGGAAGUGUAUGGAGCCAGUGGAGAAGUGUCUACGUGAUGCUAAGAUGGACAAGAGCACUGUCCAUGAUGUUGUCCUUGUUGGUGGUUCCACACGUAUUCCCAAGGUUCAACAGUUGCUUCAGGACUUCUUCAACGGCAAAGAGCUUUGCAAGUCUAUCAACCCUGAUGAGGCUGUUGCUUACGGUGCUGCCGUCCAGGGAGCUAUUCUCAGCGGUGAAGGAAACGAGAAGAAGAUGGUUCAAGAGGCUGAGAAGUACAAGUCUGAGGACGAGGAGCACAAGAAGAAGGUGGAAGCCAAGAACGCUCUCGAGAACUACGCUUACAACAUGAGGAACACCAUCCAGGACGAGAAGAUUGGUGAGAAGAUACCGGCUGCAGACAAGAAGAAGAUAGAGGACUCUAUUGAGGAGGCGAUUCAGUGGCUGGAGAGUAACCAGUUGGGAGAGGCUGAUGAGUUCGAAGACAAGAUGAAGGAGUUGGAGAGCAUCUGCAACCCAAUCAUUGCCAAGAUGUACCAAGGAGCUGGAGGUGAUGCCGGUGGCGCUGGAAUGGACGAUGAUGCUCCUCCUGCUUCAGGCGGCCCUGGCCCUAAGAUCGAGGAGGUCGACUAA